AUGGAAAAUGAUAUAAUAUUACAUUUGGACGUCAGUGUUGAUGAGCGCUUCCCUCGGCAUGGCAUCACAAAACUUCUUAAAAAACUGAGACCACAAUGGAAACCAGAAGAUGUUCAGAUCCAGGCCUUCACUGAGGGUAUCACCAACCAAUUAAUGGGCUGCUAUGUGGGUUCUCUGACAGAAGAUGCUGUUGUACUGGUGAGAGUUUUUGGACAGAUGACUGAGCAGUUUUUGGACCGAGAUAAGGAAAUGAAAAUGUUCAGGGUUCUACACAAUCACGGCUGUGGCCCACAGUUGUACUGCAGUUUCACCAAUGGCAUCUGCUAUGAGUUUGUCAGAGGAGUUGUGCUGGAUGAUAUGUUCCUCAAGGAGCCAACUGUUUACAGGUUGAUUGCAACAGAAAUGGGGAAAAUCCAUGCGAUUAAGUCUGGAGAGAUUGGAAACAGUUCACUGAUGACACCAGUUUUGUGGUCUAGAUUGUCCAAGUUCCUGACAUUGGCUCAGAGUUCUGAUGAUCCAGUACAGUCUAGAUCAAGUGGCCAUCUGGAGGUACCCAGCAUGAAAACUAUCAACAAAGAGAUAGAGGAACUGAAGAGUCAUCUUAACCAUAUCGACUCCCCAGUAGUGUUGUGUCAUAAUGACCUCCUGACUAAAAAUAUCAUCUACAACCAAGAAGAAGGCACUGUAAAAUUCAUUGACUAUGAGUAUGCCGAUUUAAAUUACCAGGCUUAUGACAUUGGAAACCAUUUCAAUGAAUUUGCAGGUGUCAAUAACAUUGACUUCAGCCUCUACCCUAGUCAUGAGCUUCAAUUUGAUUGGCUUACUGCUUACUUGGAGAGUUUCAAGAGGUGCAGUGGUGUAGAGUCAUUUGUCACUAAGAAAGAGGUCAAAGAGCUUUAUGUAAAAGUCUGCAAGUUCUCUCUGGUGGCUCAUUUCUUCUGGUGUCUAUGGGCUCUGCUUCAGGCUAAACAUUCCACUAUUGACUUUGACUUUCAGGGAUAUGCUAAGGCCAGAUUGAACUACUACUUUGAGAAGAAGCGAGAGUUCUUUGAAAUGACACUUCAAUAACUCUGCAUGGAGACUCUAAAGAGUUGCUGAACAGG